UCUCUUUCUCAGACUCGUCACCUCCAAAAUUUUAUUUUUUUUUGGGCAGAUCGUCACUUCCAAUUACUCAGUCAUGUCUCCGAGCAAGAUCAAUCCAGCUAUAGCUAUCCAGGAGCUUCUGCAACAAAAUCCUGCUCAUGAUAACGAUGACCGUCUCAGAGAAUCUACAGAUGCUUUGAGAACUAUCGCAGAGGCAUCAAAGCAAGCUGCUGAAGAGAAAGAUCCUGCUCAAGCUGAUGCUGCAGAAUGGAAGGGGAAGUUUGAACAACCAGACAAAAUAUCGGGAGGUAAACAUGAUGUUGUUCAUUGCGAGAGUGCACAAAACUUGGAUGACCAGAAUGAUUCGAAAAACCAAACCAACGAGCAUGGAAUGGGCUCCAAUGAGGUUCUCUCCAGAGGGGAAAGUGAUUCUGCACACAGGGCAAUUCAAAACCAGAUGACGGAAAAGGUAUUGUUUGAACUUACGUGGAGUUCUAAAGGUAAUGACAUUGUGUCUUGUGAAAUGGGAAAUAUAAAAACAGCUGGGCGCACUAGUGAACAGAUUACUUUGACGUGGAAAUCUGAGCCACAGACAGUGCUUAUUAUCACAAAACCAAAUUCGACUCCUGUUCUAGAUCUAUGUGAGGAUAUAGUCAGUUGGUUAUACAUGCACAAGAAGAAAAUUUACGUGGAACCACGCGUGCAAGAGGAGCUUCUCAGUAUAUCGUCUUCCUUCAAGUUUGUGAAAAUAUGGCAAGAUGACUUGCAGAAGAAAGUUGACCUUCUGAUCACUCUUGGUGGGGAUGGAACUGUCCUUUGGGCAGCAUCACUGUUCCAAGGACCAGUGCCUCCUCUUGUCUCCUUUUCUCUAGGGUCCUUGGGCUUUAUGACCCCUUUCAGCAGGGAUGGCUAUAAAAAACAACUUGAAUCGAUUAUUAAAUGUCCCACCAGGAUAACAUUGCGGCAUCGGUUGCAGUGUCAAAUUGUUGGGGAUUCGGCUGAAGAGGAAAAUGCAACAGCAAAAACGAUAUUCGUUUUAAAUGAAGUUACAAUUGAUCGGGGGCAGUCACCAUACCUCACAAAUUUGAAGUGUUAUUGUGACGGCGAAUAUGUCACUUCGGUACAGGGGGAUGGGCUAAUCUUGUCAACUACAUCUGGAAGCACUGCCUAUUCAUUAGCAGCCGGAGGAUCAAUGGUCCAUCCACAGGUUCCCGGCAUACUAAUGACGCCAAUAUGUCCUCAUUCCUUAUCCUUUAGGCCAUUGAUAUUACCCGAACACGUCACUAUUGGGGUAGAAGUGCCUGCCGGCAGCCGAAGUUCCGCUUGGCUAUCAUUCGACGGCAAGGGCAGGAAAGAGUUGAAAACUGGGGACCAGCUCAUCUGUAGCAUGGCUCCGUGGCCCGUCCCUACUGUUUGCCUGAAUGGUUCCACCAGGGACUUCAUGUGCAGCAUCCUGGAAGGCCUCAAUUGGAAUCUGAGAAAGACUCAGUCAUCUGAUGCUCCCCCACAACCACAACCGUAAGCAUUGCUUCCCCAGGUGUUGGCCAACCAGAUCAAGCCAUGUUAGUUAAAUAAGAAAGUGAUUCCUGUGAAAAGGAACAUCUACUGUUUCCCAGUUAUAGAUUGUCUAAAGCUGUUGCAACACUCUUACUCGGAGUUGUCGCCUGAAGUGAGGGGGAGCGCCUUAACAGCGGCAAGAUGUUUAAAAUAGUGAAGUAGUAAGCGUGCGUGCCUGAUGUAUUUCUUCACAAUGUUUGAAAGCUGCUGGAUCAGAUAAAGUUUCAAGAAUUUAAGCGUGC